GACAUAACAAAAUAAGACUGGCACCACGUUCCUAGUUUUAGGAAAAAAAAACUUCUACCCAGCGAAUCUAGCAGUCAAUUCCCUACGAAUGUCUUGAAUACAUUGUUUAUCAAUAAAUUCCUAGCUAGCUAAAUUCACUUCUCCAAGCGGAUUUGUAUUAGUGUGAUUUAUUUGUGUUGGUGAUAUAGUUUUUUUUUAUUUCCUGUUAGAACUGUCAGUUUUUUUUGUUUACUGUUAGAAUUGUCAAAACAAAAAUAUACAGCAAUAAACAACACCUUUCUUUCUAAUGGUAUGUAAAAAUAUUCAUUGAAUUUAUCGAAUUCAAUUUUCAAAAUUUUGAUAAUGGUUUUAUUUCAGGAUUCCACAGAUGCAAUUUCCCGUUAUAAUUUCAAGAAAAUAUUGUGCCACGGAAUCGAUCCAUACGCCGUGAGCACAUCACAAACAGGCAUUUCUCUGAAUGUGACGUUCCCAAAAGUUUACCAAUUUCUGGGAUCUGAAUCCUUUACAGGGAACCCGAAGGACUGUUCCAAGGCGAUGGACGCCAUAUUAUAUUUUAAAAACGGAUGGGUUAAAAACCUUGCUGGAGGGAAGGUGAAAGAGAUUCACGUUGUUCACGGCAAAGUACAUCACUCAUUCGCGUUGAAUGAAAAACCUCUUGAACCGUGGAUUUUAAUACAAGAAGACGGCACGAUUCUGGCAGCCCACUGCAACUGUGCCAUUGGAUUACUUGAGGCAUGUAGCCAUGUAGGAGCCACUUUAUUUGCUCUGGAUGGUGUCCGGACAGCCGUGCUUGAGAAGAAGAUGUCGGUCACCGAUCUCCCAGCAUAUUGGAAAAAACCACCAGCUUCAAUUACGAAUGAUCUUUACAAGCCAAUCAGUGCUAUCGAUUUGGGUAGAAAAGUCAUUCGGAAAUACUUACGGAACAAGGAUUCUGGAAUUCAUUCAAAAGAAGAGCGGAGUCGAGAUUUAUUGAACAAUUUUAAAAUUGAUGGAUUAAACGUUGCAGCUAUGUCUGUGUUCUGUGGAGAUCCUCAAAUAGGAUUUGAGUGUUUGUCUUGCGAUACAGACAAACGCCUUACACAGGCUUUCGAAUUGUUCAAUUUGCGAAAGUUACUCGAUGCUACAUUGAGUGGAAUAUCGUUGAGCGAUCUGAGAAUUCUUGCUGUAAGUAAAUUCGAACAACUGCCGCGCGAUUCAGAAACCAUCGAACUAGUUGAACAGUACACACGGCUGCAAAAGAAAAGUAAAUGGUGGAUGGCUCUCCGCGUCGGACGCAUUACAGCAUCUGUUCUAAAAGAAGUGUGUUGUACAUCGCCUACUAAACCUUCAAUAUCACUCAUAAAAAAAAUUUGCUAUCCUGAACAGAACAGCUUUUCCACGCCUUCCGUACGGUAUGGCGAAAAACAUGAGCAACAAGCGGUCGAUCAAUUAUUCAAAGCUAUUAAGGAUAUCCAUCGGAACGUCACAAUGAACCAGUCCGGUUUAAUUAUCUCUAAAAGUGACUCUCAUUUAGCUGCAUCUCCAGAUGCAAUUUUCAGGUGCGAUUGCCAUGGAGUCAUUACGGUAGAAGUGAAGUGUCCGUACACAGCCAGGCAGGAUGAAGAUAUAAUAAAUACUUUGUUGAAUCUCAAAGAUCCGUUUAUUUCCAAAAAUUCGGAAGGAUGUGUUAUAUUAAAUAUACAUCACAAGUAUUACCUUCAGGCACUCAUGCAAGUCCACGUAGCCAAUGCUGCCUUCGGCUAUUUUUACGUGUGGGCACCUAAACAAACUUUGGUAUUUGAAGUAAAAAGGAAUGAUGGCUAUUGGAAUUAUUUCAAAGAAAAAGCAACUUUGUUUCACAAGAAUGUCAUUGUUCCAGAAUUACUGGCUAAAUGGUUUACAGAGCAACAAGUGUAA